CUAUGUGCAAAUGGGCCAGCGGAUUCAAUCCGGAAACCUAAAAUGGCUUCUCAGCUAAUCACAUGGAGCUGGUUCACCACCCCCAAACAACGUAAAACCCUCCAUCGCCACUAAAUCCAACAACGUAAAACCCUUAACCACCGCUAAAUCCACCUUCUCCACCGUCUACCACCACCAUCAUCUUCACAUGAUCAAAUUCGGAAUGCAAUUAAUUCAUUCUGAUAAAUUAUCCUCUCGACCUACCCCUAUAUCUGUUAUAAACGAACCGAGGUACGCUUGAUCCCUCAUUCUCUCUGUUUAUACAUUCAUUCUUGCAUCUGGGGUAGGUUUGAGUUUCGAUUCAACUACUUAAAAGACCGCGGAUUUUGCUCUUAUGGGUAUGAUUCCGAUUUGAGAUUCGAAAAUAUGCUCUCUCUGCGCCUAGGUCGCAGAUUUAGAACAUACACCACCAUUCCAGCCUCCAUUACCUCGACUUCUAAAACUAAAACUACUUUGACUGCAAAAGAUAUCAAGAAACCCUUAACGUUAGAGGAACCUGCCCUAAUUAAGCUCAAGGCAGAAAGAGACCCCGAAAAAUUAUUUCAUUUGUUCAAGGCUAAUGCCAAUAAUCGCCUUGUUAUAGAAAAUCUGGUUGCAUUUGAAGACACAGUUUCCAGGCUAGCAGGCGCUGGGAGGUUUGAUUACAUCGAGCAAUUACUUGAGCAUCAAAAGGCACUUCCUCAAGGCAGACGCGAAGGGUUCAUAAUGAGGAUUAUCAUGUUAUAUGGAAAGGCUGGAAUGAUUAAUCAUGCCAUCGAUACUUUCAAAGGUAUGCAUUUAUAUGGUUGUGAUCGCACUGUUAAAUCCCUCAAUGCUGCUCUUAAGGUUUUGUCACAUUCACGGGAUUUAGAUGCAUUUGAGUCGUUUCUUGGCCAUAUUCGUCGCCAGUUUGAUGUCAACCUUGAUAUCAUCUCCAUGAAUAUUAUAAUAGAUGCUCUUUGUCGAAUGGGUAUCCCUGAUAAAGCUUACAUGGCGAUGGGAGAGAUGGAAAAAUCAGGGAUCACACCUGAUGUGAUCACAUACACUACUCUAAUUUCAUCUUUCUAUAAACUGAAUCGAGCAGAAAUAGGAAAUGGACUUUGGAAUCUUAUGGUGAUGAGAGGCUGUUUACCAAAUUUAGCAACUUUUAAUGCUAGGGUUCAGUUCUUGGUGCAUAAAGGACGCUCAUGGCAGGCUAAUAGUUUAAUGGGUAUGAUGCGUUACAUUGGAAUUUCCCCUGAUGAGGUUACAUUCAACUUAGUGAUAAAAGGGUUUUGUAGAUCUGGUUAUAUUGAUAUGGCUAAAAGAGUUUAUUCUUCUUUACAUGAUGAGGGAUACAAGCCAAAUGCAAGAAUAUAUCAAACAAUGAUGCAUUAUCUAUGUAAAGAAGGCGAAUUUGACAUGGCAUAUACAAUGUGCAAAAAUAGUAUGGAAAAGAAUUGGUUUCCAAGCAUCAGUAGUAUUUGUCAGUUACUUCAAGGGCUUCAAGCCACAGGGAAGAUUGAAAAAGCUAGGUUUAUUUUAUCUUUGGUGCAUAAAAAAGUACCUUCAUUUAGCUCAAAUCAAAUGGGUAUCAUGGAAUCGGUUUUGAAAAAGAGUUGACACUGUUCUAUAGGAGGAACCUCUGUACAGUUUUUUAAUUCUGGUUUUGAGAACAGUUAGUUAAUCAAGAUUCAUUUACAAUGGAUAAUUAAUUAUCCAGGAAAAAAAAGAUAUAGUCUAAUAUGUUAGGUAAAUUUGUUGUACCAUUUUUGAUUCUUGAAUAAGAUUUUUGAUGGAGAUUUAUUUGAGAAUACCCAACUGGAGCUCUUCUGUUCUUCAACAUUUUGUUCUUUCUAACUUAACUUUAUCAAUCCCUUAUGAUUUACAUUUAAUGCAAUGGGAUACUAAAAUUUUGUCUUGUAGAAAACAGUUAAAGAUUGGAUGCUUCUAUUGGUAACAUAAUGUUUGAAUAGAGAAAAGGAGAGAAUUGAGAAGAAGAAACUGCAUAUGAACUUGCUAUAAUUAUCCAAUAAUAAGUUAUGGAUGAAAGAGGAAAGGAUGUUGGGGAAGCACAAGGACACGUGGCAUCAAGACAGGAGGAUCAUAUAUAAGUAUUUUACAGAAGAGGGAAACACUGGAAACCGAAGAAUUGACAAAUGGGGAUGAU